AUGCUAUUUUCUGAUUGCUGUAUGUUGCAGAGGGCACUGGUUGUCGAGUCACAAAGAUUUUUCGCCGUGGGACCCAAAGGACACCUGGUCGGUUUAGAACCUGGAAUACGAGGGCCUGGUUGCUGGAGGACCCUAGAAAAUCCUAUUCGCCAGAGGAACCUGAGGAUGCUUGUUCGCCAAGGGAUGCUAUUUUCUGAUUGCUGUAUGAUGCAAAGGGCACUGGUUGUCGAGUCACAAAGUUUUUUCGCCGUGGGACCCAGAGGAUACCUGGUCAGUUUAGAACCUGGAAUACGAGGGCCUGGUUGCUGGAGGACCCAGGAAAAGCCUUUGCACCAGAGGAACCCAAGGAUGCUUGUUCGCCGAGGGACCCUGUUUCCUGAUUGCUGUAUGACGCAGAGUACACUGGUUGUCGAGACACAAAGAUUUUUCACCGUGGGACCCAUAGGACACCUGGUCGGUUUAGAACCUGGAAUACGAGGGCCUGGUUGCUGGAGGACCCUAGAAAAGCCUAUUCGCCAGAGGAACUUGAGGAUGCUUGUUCGCCGAGGGACCCUGUUUCCUGAUUGCUGUAUGAUGCAGAGGACACUGGUUGUCGAGACACAAAGAUUUUUCGCCGUGGGACCCAGAGGACACCUGGUCGGUUUAGAACCUGGAAUACGAGGGCCUGGUUGUUGGAGGACCCUAGAAAAUCCUAUUCGCCAGAGGAACCUGAGGAUGCUUGUUCGCCAAGUGAUGCUAUUUUCUAUUUGCUGUAUGAUGCAGAGGGCACUGGUUGUCGAGUCACAAAGAUUUUUCGCCGUGGGACCCAGAGGACACCUGGUCAGUUUUAGAACCUGGAAUACGAGGGCCUGGUUGCUGGAGGACCCUAGAAAAGCUUAUUCGCCAGAGGAACUUGAGGAUGCUUUUUCGCCGAGGGACCCUGUUUCCUGA